GGCUAAAAGUCGAACACUGACACAGUGUCCCUGGGAGAUCUUUGUAUCACACUGCUGCAUGACCACCGCGAGGAUAGGAAUUAAUGGUCAGGGUUCAAUGGUUCUUGUUCGAUAUUUUUAGUUGUACGGGUUUUUUUCCUUCCUUUUCUAAUUAAAACAGCAAAAUCUUGUUUAUGCUUCUGUCGUCUGCUGAAGGUCUCCAGGCAUUUGUUUGCAGAGGAAACCCUAAACCCAACGACAGAUUUCUCAUCAUAUGGAAAGUAUUAUACAGUUUGGGUCAUGGUUUACUGACCCAAAGAGUAAAAUAUAGGCACACAGAUAAAACAAUAACACGCUCAUCACGGGAGAAGUUUGGACAACAGAUUACAUUUAAUCUGAAACUUAAAGCUUGUAGUGUAUUAUUUCCAUUUCAGAACUCACAGCAGUCAAAGGAAAAGCAAACACAUAUGAUGCCAUCGCCACCGAAAGAGCAAAACAAUCCUCUGCCUCAAACAAAUGCACAAGACACUUGUUCUAAAAAACAUACUAAAGAUGACUUCUGUGCUGUAACUAUCAGUGAAACCUCCCCACACUUGAUGAGAUACAUUGGAUUAGAGAAUCAGGGAGCCACAUGCUACUUGAACACAGUGCUGCAAAUACUCUUCAGGACAGAGGAGUUCAGAGAGGCUGUGGAAAGUUUGCAGGAAGUUCCUUCAGUUCUGGUUUUGCACCUGGAGAGAUUUGAAUUUGAUUAUGACACCAUGUGCUAUGUGAAGAAUUACUCCUCAGUGCAAAUUCCUCUCCAGUUAUCGGUGAAGGAAGAGGCUGGUGUAAAUCACACAUAUGAUCUGUAUGCUAUAGUCAACCAUUCUGGCUCUCUCAAUGGAGGACACUACUAUGCUGACAUCAAAGAUGAGAACGGCUGGUAUCGAUUUGAUGACUCUGUAGUGUAUAGACUCGAGGUGCUGUUUAAGAGCCGUGUUCUAAUGAGAUGCAGCGGUGACCGAUCAACCGGCGGUGAGGACGUGCAGGUGUGCCUCGUUGGUUGGGCGCAACCACUUUGGUGGGCGACGCUGAUUCCUCCUAGGACGCUCGUCACAUUCCCACCCCCCUAA